AUGUAUUUACAAAAUCUUGUACAAAAAUUUAAUGCUAAACUUGGUGGUGUCAAUGGAAUGGUAUCUUUAGCUCGAGCAUUAACAUCAUCAUCAACAAAAGAUGAUAUAUU